ACCAAUCAAGAGUCCUCCUUUCGGGUAUUACUUACCUCAUCACCCUGUGACACGUGACCAAAGUGAAACUACACCUAUACCCGUCGUGUUCGAUGGUUCAUGUAAAACCACGAGUGGUAGGUCAUUCAAUUGCGUACAGUGUACCAAAAUAAAAGACAAAAAUAUACAACCGAUUAUGUCUAACUAACCUGAUCCUCGUGUCAAUCCAGCUGCUCCGUUUGAGACUUGUGGCACCGAAUUUGCAGGUCCCUUCCUUAUAUUAAAUCGCAAAGGCCGCGACGCAAGAACAAGCAAAUGCUACUUGUGUCUCUUUGUUUGCUUUUGCACCAAAGCUCUGCACCUAGAGGUCGUGAGUGAACUAAGCACUAAUGCAUUCAUCCUCUGCUUACGUCGGUUCAUCUCUAGGCGCGGUAAACCACGCACAAUAUAUUGCGACAAUGGCAAACAUUAUGUUGGGGCGAAUAAUGAAUUGAAAAGAAUGCUUAAAGCCGCUAAUGAGUCCGUUACUGAUUUCGGUUUAUGUGAGGGCAUAGAGUUUAAAUUCAAUCCAGCCUACGCUCCCAACUUUGGUGGUAUCUGGGAGGCUGGCGUUAAAGCCGCAAAGUUUAAUCUAAAACGUGUAGCAGGAAAUAAUGGUUUAACCUUUGAGGAAUUAACAAUGUUGUUCUCUCAAACUAAGGCAAUUUUAAAUUCCCGUCCCCUGACACCUAUGUCAGCGGGGACCCCUCUGAUAUUACACCUUUAACACCUGGGCACUUCCUUAUCGGGCGUCCAUUAUCGUCGUUACCGGCUCCAACUACGACCAGGAUAUCGAUCAACCGAUACCAGCAGUUAGAACGUAUGAGACAAACGUUCUGGACACGGUGGUCACGUGAGUUCCUGUGUGAGCUUCAGCAGCGUGUAAAAUGGCAGAAGAAUGGCGAGCGGAACGUAAAAAUUGGAGACAUGGUAGUCGUCAAGGAUGAUCAACUUCCACCAAUGAAAUGGAUCCUAGGACGAAUUCAUCACAUGUAUUAUGGACCUGAUGGAAUCUGCAGAGUUGUGGAUAUCAAGACGUCAAAGGGCAUCGUCAAAAGAGCGUUAACAAAAAUUUGCGCUCUGCCCACAGGAGAUGCCUAUGAGCUCCUUGGAACCUCAGCUUCCAAGGGGGGGGAGGAUGUUCACGACGUUCAGGGCGAGAGAGGGGACGGGGGAAGGCAGCGCGAGGAAGAUGCGCCCGCGGACUAAGAUUCGUGUUGGUCGACCAGCAGCGUGA